AUUCCAUCUUAAUUUACAUUGUUCUAAGGAAAUCCACCCUGAAAACAGAAGGGACAGUGGACCAGACAAUUCAGGUGUUUUGGAAUGAGAAUGUAUUUAAGAGUUGAAGGAUGGUCUCUCUUCAGGGCUGGACUUCGGUAGACUUUGUAGCCUACUUUUAAUUCAAAUAGCAAAUAUACUGGAUUAUAGUAUUCACAGUAAGCCACAAUAACAUGACAGCAGUUUUAUUGGACCACAGCCAAAGUUCUGAGCACAACAUGAUGAUUCUAAUUCAGAUUCAAACUUUCUUCUUCACAGGAACAAACAUUACAAACAACAAUGAGUUGAGAAUCGUGAUGGUGGGGAAGACUGGGAUUGGGAAGAGUGCUACUGGAAACACCAUUCUGGGUCGAGAAUGCUUCCAGUCCAAAUGCAGCGCCAAAUCCAUGACGGUAAACUGCUCCAAAGUCUCCAGUAAUGUGGAUGGACAGCAGGUUGCUGUCAUUGACACUCCAGGUCUGUUUGACACCCGAUUUGAGGGAGAUAAAACAACCAAAGACCUGGGUCAGUGCGUCUGUUACGCUUCUCCUGGACCCCACAUCUUCCUGGUGGUCGUUCCAAUCGGCAGAUUCACAGCAGAAGAAUUACAAUCAGUGCAAAUGAUUCAAAAAAUCUUUGGAGAUGCAGCAGACAGAUACAGCAUGGUUCUGUUUACUCGUGGAGACGAUCUUGGUGAUACCACCAUUGAUGAUUAUUUGUCUGAAAGCCCAGAACUACAGGAUCUGGUGUCCAGAUGUAACGGCCAGUAUCAUGUCUUCAACAACAAGCUGAAAGAUAAAAAACCUCAGGUCACUGAGCUGCUGAAGAAGAUCAGAACCAUCGUUGACAGGAAUGGAGGAAGUCACUACACCAAUGAGAUGUUCCAAGAGGCUGAGAGGAAAAUCGAAGAGGAGAAACAACGAAUCCUGAAGGAGAAAGAAGAAGAAAUACGUAAAGAGAAAGAAGAAGUGGAGAGAAAAAUAAAAGAGAAGUAUGAGAAAGAGAUGGAGAAAAUGUAUAAGCAAAUCCAGGCUGACAGAGAGAGAGAGAAGAAGGAGAGAGAGGAGGAGAAGAAGAGGGAGAGAGAAGAAAUUAAUGAGGAGAGGAGGAGGGAGAAGGAGGAAAUGAAGGAGGAGAGGAGGAGGGAGAAGGAAAAGAUUGAUAAGGAGAGAAAGGAGAGAGAGAAGGAGUUUGAAGCCCUGAAGAAAAAGCAGGAGAAAGAAAUUCAAGAGGCAAAAUCCAAGCUGCAGUCCCAGCAUGAAUCUGUCGCCAGAGGAGAAGCUGAGGACAAUAAUCCUCUCUAUUAUUUGGCUAAAUUUGGAGAACAUGUGAUUAAAGCUGCAGAACACGUGGGUAAUUUUUUUAAAAAAUUUUUUUAAAUAAAAAGUAGUGAAAAAAAAUUAAGUAGUGAAAGUUGGAAACUUGUGUCAUUUGUUAAUCCUUUAGAAACUGUCUUGAAAAAUGUAUAUUGUUGCUGGAAAGGUUAGCAUAAAUGGAGAAUGACAGUAAAUAUACUAGAAUUACAAUGAUUUUCACUUCAAUAUUCUUGCACUUUUUGCAAUAAUUCUCACUUUGUGAUAAUUGUUUGAACUGAU